CGUUGUAGCAAGCAUGUCGGUUGAGGGUUGCAUUAAACUCUUUUCUUGUGUUAACAGAAUACGACCAUGUCUUCUGCACAUGAAGACCGACUGUUCGUAUGUUAGAAGAGCUUUCACGUCUGAACAAAAAGGUUUGAAUCAGCUAAAACCACUAGAUGGCAUUAAAGUCUUGGACCUUACCAGAGUAUUGGCUGGCCCGUUUGCCACAAUGAUAUUGGGAGAUUUGGGUGCAGAGGUGAUUAAAGUUGAGCGGCCAGGUAUGGGGGAUGACACAAGAGCAUGGGGACCACCUUUCAUAGGGGAUGAGAGUGCUUACUUCCUCAGUGUGAACAGGAAUAAAAAGAGUAUUGCUGUUAAUCUUAAAGAUCCAAAGGGGGCUAAACUUGUAACAGAGCUUGCUAAGCAGUGUGAUAUUCUGGUGGAGAACUAUCUUCCUGGUAAACUGGCUGGGAUGGGACUUGGAUAUGAAGAUCUGAGUGAAGCAGCCCCACAGCUUGUUUACUGCUCCAUCACAGGUUAUGGUCAGACAGGACCCCAGUCACACAAACCUGGAUAUGACUCUAUAGCAUCUGCUGUGUCUGGGAUGAUGCACAUCACAGGUCCUGAGGACGGGGAUCCUGUAAGGCCUGGUGUCGCUAUGACAGACCUUGCAACUGGGCUGUUUGCUCAUGGAGCAAUUAUGGCUGGUCUGCUGCAGAGACAGAGGACAGGACAAGGCCUUCACAUUGACUGCAACUUACUCUCCUCUCAGGUGGCUUGUCUCACCCACAUUGCUGCAAACUACCUCAAUGCAGGAAAAGAAGCCAGAAGAUGGGGAACGGCCCAUGAGAGCAUCGUUCCUUAUCAGCUAUGAGAAACGCUUGGCUUUAAAACCAAAGAUGGAUAUCUUGUUGUGGCUGCUGGAAAUGAUCAGCAAUAUUUCAAAGUGUGCAAAGUCCUGAACCAGAGUGACCUGGCUGACAAUCCCAAGUACAGAACCAACACGUUACGAGUGCAGCAUCGUAAAGAGCUCCUGCAGAUCCUGGCUGAGAAGUUCUCUGAAGAAUCCACCACUGAGUGGCUGAGACGCUUUGAAGGGACCGGAGUUCCAUGUGGACCCAUUAACACCAUCCAGCAGGUGUUUUCCAACCCACAGGUUGUGCAUAAUGGCCUUGUUUUUGAGAUGGACCACCCAACGUCAGGGAGGAUUGCAGUGCCAGGUCCUGCUGUCCGCUUCAGUGCAUUCGAAUUUCACAAGCCAACUCCACCUCCUGUUAUUGGUCAGCACACAGUUGAAGUUCUGAAGGGCAUCCUGGGAUAUAACGAUGAUGUCAUAAACCAACUGCUGGCUUCACGGACCAUCGCUCAAAAUACAGUUCACUAAUGCAGCAGAACAAGGCCUGGCACAGAGCAGUUCCAAAAUGUCACUUAACAGCCUCUUAUAACAAAAAAAAAACCUGCAUACACUAACAUGACACUAUAGAAAAAAUAUUGUUCCACCUUCCACAUGCACUGGUUGUGUUUUUGUAAUUAAUGUGUUAGAAAUCUAGCUGCGAGCAAGCCACAGUGUAACAGUAACAGAGUGAUGACGCAUGAGUGUGGCUCUGAGGGCCGGCUGUGCUUUUUUGGCGUGUCCGGUGGAACGUAGUCUGGAUUUCUGACAUGCACUCACAUUCACAUCACACUAAUCUUCCAGCUUUAUUGAUCAAUAACGUAUGCAGACUCCCUGUGGAAAAAAGCUUUCAACUUAGUUUUAGUAAUGGGAAAAAGAGAAAUCUAUUUCUCAGCCCUUCAGGCUGGCCCGUAAACUUUCAACCUCAGUUUCCAUCUUCGUAUUAGCAAAAAUCAUGGUUUUUUUGCUAGAAACCACAGUGGAGGCGUGAGUGUUUUAAAUCAUGUGUUUUUGUUCACAGUCAGAAAUAUAAUUACUUAAUUGACAUGUUUUCUCAGAGACAGUAACUCCCACCUGAGUACCCCUCCAGUUCUGUACUGUUUAGUGUAUCAAAAGUUUCAAAGUCAUCAUUACAAAAUUAUUUGCAUAUUACACACAGACCAUAUAAGCCAAAAUGUAGUAUAUACAGUUGCAAUCAAAAAUAUUUA